CGCAUGUCAAUUUGGUACGUUUAGUUCCUGAAACAGGAAGGGAAAUCUUGUGCAGACUCCGUGGCUGUAGGGAACGUGGGCCCUGAAGAAAUGUAAUGUUGAUGGAGCAAUGUCAUAAUGUUAAGAUUUCGCAGAAGAACAUGUAUUACCUUGGGGGUUUUCAUUUUGUUUGUGUGUUCUGUUAUGAUGGGAUUGAAAACACUGAGGCCUGAAAGUGCAGCCUUUGGAAGUCCGUUUGGUCUUGGCCUCUUACCUGAGAGGCGUAUUAAGGAAUCUGACAUACAUGUAGAAGAAAAAACUAUGACCCAAACAGAAAAGGGUGUUUCACAAACAUUGUCAGUUAAUCACCUAGAGAUGGAAGAGUUGCCAUCUCCGAAUUAUGACUUUCAUACUUUUUAUUACACGUGGUAUGGAAACCCACAAUUUGAUGGUAAAUAUAUUCAUUGGAACCACCCAUUGCUAAAACACUGGGAUGCCAAGAUUUCAAACAAUUUCCCUUCUGGAGUACACAAUCCUCCUGAUGAUAUUGGAGCAAAUUUUUACCCUGAAUUAGGACCAUAUAGUUCCAGAGACCCGUCUGUUGUAGACGCUCACAUGAAACAAAUGCGAUCUGCUUCUAUAGGUGUGGUGGCAUUAUCAUGGUAUCCACUGGGUAUGAGUGAUGACAACGGGGAACCAACAGAUGACAUUGUACCACUUAUUUUAGACAAAGCUCAUAAUUAUGGACUAAAGGUUACGUUUCACAUUGAGCCGUACAAGGACCGUGAUGACCACAGCUUGCGGAGCAAUGUCAUUUAUAUUAUUCAUAAAUAUGGGAGCCACCCAGCAUUCUACAGAUACAAGAGUAGUGAUGGGAGGACUUUGCCAAUGUUCUACAUAUAUGAUUCGUAUAUCACGAGCCCAGACACAUGGGCCAAUCUUUUAACACUGUCUGGAUCUCAGAGUAUUAGGAAUACCCCAUAUGAUGGGAUUUUUAUUGCUUUACUUGUGGAAGAAAAACACAAGUAUGAUAUUCAUAGAAGUGGGUUUGAUGGAUUAUACACAUAUUUUGCAACAAAUGGUUUUUCAUAUGGAUCGUCCCACCACCACUGGUCAAGUUUAAAAGCAUUUUGUGACACCAACAACUUGAUGUUUAUUCCAAGUGUUGGUCCGGGGUAUGUAGAUACCAGCAUACGUCCUUGGAAUCUUCAAAAUACAAGAAAUCGAAUCAACGGAAAAUACUAUGAAACUGCUCUAAAUGCAGCCUUACUGGUGCGGCCCAGCAUUAUUUCAAUCACCUCUUUUAAUGAAUGGCAUGAAGGAACACAGAUUGAAACAGCUGUCCCAAAGAAGAACGCUCUGUAUAAAUAUGAUGAUUAUUUGCCACAUAAGCCUAAUAUUUAUCUACAGCUCACCCGCAAAUGGUCUGAAAAAUUUAUCAAAGAAAAAGAACAGUGGCUAUUAUAAAAAAAAAACAAACAAAAAAAAA